CUCGGUGCGGGGGGGUCCCAGCUCGGUGCGGGGGGGUCCCAGCUCGGUGCGGGGGUGCCCCCUGACGCCCCCCGUGCCCCCCCCAGCCGCGUUCAAGGCCAUCUGCCCGGCGGGGAAGGGCUACCACGUGCUCACGUCCCACCAGACCCUGACCAUCCAGGGCGAGAGCGACUUCACGCUGCACAUCCACCCCGACGGGACCCCCGAGCGGCCCCCCCGGCCCCCCCCGCCCGCCCCCAGCCCCGCGCCGCCCGACGCCCCCCCGCCGCCAGCUGUGACCCCCCCGGCCAUGCUGCCGGCGUUCGGGAGCCCCUCGGAGGAGCAGGGCCUGGAGCAGCCCCCGGGGAGCAGCGACCCCCCCCCGGUACCCCGGUUGAAGGGGGGGGACACGCCCAUGACGACCAGAAGGGCGCUGCUGGCCCGGCCCACGCCGGCCCCGCUCUGGCGGCUGCCCCCGGAGCAGCUGACGCGCAGCGCCGCCGAGAUCGCGCCCACCCAGGUCACCGAGACGGACGAGUGCAAACUGAACCGGAACAUCUGCGGGCCCGGCGAGUGCGUGAUGGGCCCGGGGGGGUACAGCUGCCUCUGCUUCCCGGGGUACCGCUGGCACCCCCAGCGCCGCUACUGCACCGACGUGAACGAGUGCGAGGCGGAGCCGUGCGGGGCCGGGCGCGGGGUGUGCAUGAACACGGGUGGCUCCUACACCUGUCACUGUCACCGCGGCUUCCAGCUGCGCCUGCACAAGGGGCUGCGCACCUGCGCAGACAUCGACGAGUGUGCCAAGGGUGACGUGUGCGGGGACGGUGGCACCUGCUCCAACGUGCCGGGCCACUACAAGUGCGAGUGUCACCCGGGCUACCGGCGCAAGGGCUCGCGGCCACCGCUCUGCGAAGACAUCAACGAGUGCCUGGAUGUGGGGACGUGCCCCGACUCCAAGUGUGAGAAUCAGCCCGGGGGCUUCGUGUGCACCCCCUGCCCCCCCGGCUACCGCGGCCUCAACGGCGCCUGCCUCGAUGUGAACGAGUGCGAGGCCGGGGGGCUCUGCCCCGGGGGGGGCUGCGUGAACACCCCCGGCUCCUACAAGUGCCAGUGCCCCCCCGGGCUGCAGCCGGCGCGGGACCCCCCCCGCUGCCAAGACAUCGACGAGUGCGAGUUCGCGGCCGCCUGCGUGGGCGGGGACUGCGUGAACACGGCGGGGUCCUACCGGUGCCUGUGCCCCCCCGGGUACGCGCUGCUGCACGGCCGCCGCUGCCAGGACAUCGACGAGUGCGCGCUGGACCCGGGGCUGUGCCCCCCCCCCGGCACCUGCACCAACCUCGAGGGCUCCUUCAGCUGCCGCUGCCCCCCCGGGCUCGCCCCCAGCCCCGACGGGCGCCGCUGCCUCCCUCGGGAGCCCCCCGCCCCCCGCAAGGAGUGUUACCUGAGCCUGGAGCUGCCCGCCUUCUGCGACGCCGUGCUGGGCACCAACGUGACGCGGGGGGAGUGCUGCUGCUCCGUGGGGGCGGGCUGGGGGGACCUGUGCGAGGUGUACCCCUGCCCCCUCCCCUCCUCGGCUGAGUUCGUGGCGCUCUGUCCCGACGGGAGAGGCUUCAUCCAGGACGACAACGGCCUCGACUACGGGGUCCCCGCACACCGCGACAUCGACGAGUGCGGCCUCUUCGGCGACGAGAUCUGCAAAGGGGGCAAGUGCGUCAACACCCAGCCGGGCUACGAGUGCUACUGCAAGGCGGGCUUCGACUACGACAGCGCCCUGCGGCAGUGCCUGGACGUGGACGAGUGUCUGGACGAGUCCAACUGCGUGGACGGAGCGUGCGAGAACACGCGCGGCUCCUUCCGCUGCACCUGCGGCCCCGGGGCGCGCUACCACCCCGGGCUGCGGCGCUGCCUGCCCGCCCCCGAGCACGAGCGCCCCCCCCGCCGGAGCGGGCCCCUCCCCCCCCCCGAGCGGCGGGACGUGUGCUGGCAGCGGCGGGGGGACGAGGGGGUCUGCGGGGCGCCCCUCGGGGGGGGACCCCUGACCCUGGACGAGUGCUGCUGCCGGGGGGGGGCCGGCUGGGGUCCCCACUGCCGACCCUGCCCCCCCCGGCCCCCAGGCCUGCCGUGCCCCCCCGUGCAGAGCGAGAGCAAUUCCUUCUGGGACGUCAGCCCCCUCGGCCUGGGGGGGCCCCGCAGAGGUGACGACAGCUCCGAGGAAGACUCUGCCGAGUGUCCCUGUCCCGGGGGGGUCCCCGGCCGCUGCCUCCGCUCCCCCCGGGGGGGCUGCGAGUGCCCCCCCGGCUUCCAACCGGACCCCACCCGCACCCGCUGCCUCGAUAUCGACGAGUGUCGCGACCCCCGGGGGGGUCCCCGCUGCCCCCGCGAGCGCUGCAUCAACACCAGCGGCUCCUUCCGCUGCGCCUGCAAAGCCGGCACCAGCCGCGCCCGCCCGGGGGGGCUCUGCCUGCCCCAGCGCCGCUGAACCCCCCCCCGGGACCCCCCGGGACCCCCCGGGACCCCCCGGGAUUCACCAGAACCCCCGGGAUCCUCUGGGACCCCCGGGAUCCACCGGAACCCCCGGGAGCCACCCGGAUCCUCUGGGACCCCCCGGCACCCACCCGGACCCUCGAGGACCACCCGAGGCCCGGCCCCAGCCCCACUGAAUCCCCCCCGGGACCCCCCGAGAUUCCUGAGACCCUCUAGGAUCCCCCGGGACCCUCUGGGACCACCCGGACCCACCGGGACCCCCCGGGCCCGGCCCCAGCCCCGGGACCCUCCAAUCCUGGUCCCACCAUCGCUGAAAAGCCCCCGGGACCCCCGGGACCCCCCAGGACCCACCCGGACCCUCUGGGACCACCCGGGACCCACCGGGUCCGGCCCCAGCGCCGCUGAACCUCCCCGGGACCCCCCUGGGACCCCCAGGACCCCCCCGGGACCCCCCGGGACCCCAAUAAAGGACGUGGGGGAACGGC